GGUACCUGAACAUCGACCCCUGCCACGGACAGUGAGGUUUUAGCGUCGGGAUCGGUCGUGUCUCUACGAAUCGCCAUGGAACGAUCGCGUUCGCCGUGUACACGUCUUCGGGAACAGAGAAAAUUAUCGAUUGUUCAUUAACCCUUUGAGUGCUGAAUACUCUCGUACAAACCCUCCGUGUAUACAGAAUAUUUUCUUGUCAUUCGAAGAUCGAUGGAUUAUGUUAAAACAUUGCGCACCGGCCAAAAUGUGAGAUUUUUAGUCUAUCGUUUAAUCGCUAACCCUACGUUAAUGUAACGUUUUAGAUACAUAUAGCACAAAAUCAAAGUGAAAUUACAAAACGGAAUUCCUUAUUCUUUUCGGUUGAACGUGUGCACGUGAGACUGAAUAUGUGCAACGGGUGCAGUUCGCUGUUGUAAUUACUGCUCUGGGAUCGGUGUACCGUUCGACACGUUCGUUUUCGCGUGACGAUCGCGUCGGCCACGUGACGAUCGCUAAAUUUCCACGGAUUUCUUCGGCAUCGAGUUCCGCGCCGACGGUGUAUUAAAUUCCCGUGGUCCGUUGAUGACAACUGGCGAGUAACUUCCCCAAGACUCCUCGCAAACUCGUUUCAUCCCCGAAACGCGGCGAUGCCCCCGGACAACAGUUUCCUUCGGCAAAUCUCCGGCGACCAACUCGUUGUCGGUGUCUACCGCGAUCCGCGGGAGUUAAGGGACGUUUUUGUGUAAAUCCCCUGGUGGGCAGCUGCGACAAAGGGUCGCCGGAGUCGCGGCGACCGCGCGGGACCGGAAGUUUCCUGCGAUUCAGCUCGGUUUCCUCCCGGCAAACCGAGCAGUCUCGCGGAACUCGGCCAGACGGGGGACCCGGGGCGGCGUCGACGUCCUCGCCGGAGACGUCGCACGCCAGUUCACGUUCGACGAUCGCCGAUACGGCUCGCCGAUCGGCAGUCAAGCGGUUUCUUUCGCAGCCCGGCCAGCUGGUUUCGGCACGAUGUAUCAAGCCAGACACGCCACGGAGAGGACCGCGCUCACCAGGCCGCUCGACUCGCCCGAUUACGUGGAAUUCGCGAGCCUCCUGAGGACCAGGAAGACGCGGAUCAGGCAGUUCCAGUGCUGCAUCUGCGGCAUUUUGAUAGCGGUUUUCACGAUGGGUUUGAUAGUAGCAGUGAGCUACUCGGUGAACCAGGACAUCAUAGACAACACUCCAAACCUAACAUUCUCUACCCAACCAUCCGCGAACCUGACCGGAUCCUUGAGGUUAGGUUUCGCUCCGGGAGGCUCAUACACGCUGUACAGCAAUCCGGCGUUCCUGCCAAGUUCGAAUUCGAUCCUCAUUGGCGAUAAAAACGAAAAUCCACCGCCUCUGAGCGAGGAAGAGUACAAAGAAGGUUUAGAAGCUGGCAGGCAAGCGAUAAACGAGCGUCUCUUCGCAGAUGCCAGUGCUCUAGCGUCGCCAUUGCCAUCUCCUUCACCCGAGGCCAGGCAUCGCUACGCAGUUAGCACGUGUAGUAGCGUUGGUGCGCUAGCUUUGGCAGCGAUCGGUGAACUGGGAGCUACCAAGGCGAUCGAGAACACUAGAUCGAUCUUGGGAGAGACGUCAGCUAUUGGUAGCUUCUUCGAUGGAGGAUGGCUGCCUCGAAGUGUCUGCAAGCAUCUGGUUCCACCAGAUUGUCCUCCAAGCAAAUACAGAACUCUUGAUGGCAGCUGCAACCGCCAAUUGCAACAGGGUGCUACUAUGAAACCAUUUAGAAGAGUUUUACCUGCCAACUACGCUGAUGGCCUGGAGACACCUCGCAGGUCACUGUCGGGUGCUGAACUACCCUCUGCCAGAGAAGUCAGUCUAAAGGUCCACAAGCCAUCCCCUAGCACUAAUCCUCAUUUUACGGUGAUGCUGGCUGUCUACGGGCAAUUUCUGGAUCAUGACAUCACUGCCACUGCGAUUAGCCAGGGUGUCAAUGGCAGCUCUAUUUCCUGCUGUCCACCAUCCGUUGGACAUCCAGAGUGUUUCCCAGUACCAGUAGCUUCCGGUGAUCCAGUCUUCGAUGUGACUAGUAGGACCUGCAUGGAGUUCGUCAGGUCUGCACCUGCACCGCAGUGCAAGCUUGGACCUAGACAGCAGCUGAAUCAGGUUACAGCGUUCAUCGACGGUUCAGCGGUCUAUGGAUCGGAUGUCAAUACGGCUCACAGUUUGCGCGAGUUUUCUGGCGGUCGUCUGAAAAUGCAAAUCACCCCCGACAAUCGAACAUUGUUGCCUGCGAGCACCAACCCUACCGACGGCUGCAACAGGGAAACUGAACGCCAAAGAGGACGCUAUUGUUUCGCAGCAGGCGAUGCUCGUGCAAACGAGAAUCUGCAUCUCACGACGAUGCACCUGCUCUGGGCGAGGCAGCACAACAGGAUAGCUGAUCAAUUGGCUAAGAUCAAUCCUAACUGGGACGAAGAUACCGUCUACGAAGAGACUCGCCGCAUAAUUGCUGCUCAGAUGCAGCACAUCACUUAUCAAGAAUUUCUACCAAUCGUUCUAGGCGAAACGGAAACAGCCUUAAGAGGUCUCAGACCUCUUAAGACUGGCUACAGGGACUCAAGCCCGGAUGAUCCUAACUUUGAUCCUACUAUAGCCAACAGUUUCGCCUCAGCUGCCUUCCGAUUCGCUCACACUUUGCUACCUGGAUUGAUGAAGAUGACGGACGGACAAAUGGGCACUUCUUCUUAUGUAGAGCUUCACAGGAUGCUGUUUAACCCUUACAGUCUCUAUGCAGAGGGCGGUGUGAAGAGUUCUGUGACUUCUGCCACUGGGAAUGUCAUCCAGAUGACUUCCACGCAUGUCACCUCUCAGCUGACCAAUCAUCUGUUUGAAGAUCCUCUUGGGAAUGUUACUCUACCCUGCGGGCUAGAUUUGGUCUCGCUGAAUAUUCAAAGAGGAAGGGACCAUGGGCUGCCAGGGUACACUAAGUGGAGAGAAAAUUGUGGACUGGGCAAGGUAGAGAGUUUCUCUGAUCUGGAGGGACACCUGGACCCGCAGGCUCUGCAAGACAUUUCGAGCCUUUAUAAGUCAGUUCAUGAUGUUGAUCUAUACACUGGAGCUCUAGCUGAGUUCCCUAAAGCUGACGGACUCGUUGGACCCACUUUCACUUGUUUGAUCGCGGAUCAGUUCGUUAGGUUGCAGAGGGGCGAUAGGUUCUGGUAUGAGACGCCUGAUGAGCCUUAUUCGUUUACUCCAGACCAGCUUCAGGAACUGCGCAAGACGACGCUGGCAGGGCUGAUCUGCGGUUGUUCCGACGGAGUAACUCAAACUCAAGCGGAAGUGAUGAGAACAGUUGGACCCGACAACCCCAUGCUUUCCUGCGAGGACAUCCCGAAGAUAGUUCUCGAUGCUUGGAAGGAAACUAAGUCGGAGACACCUCUCUUAAGAGCUUCGUUCGCGCCACUCAACUGGACAGAGUUCAAAGACAGCAUAAACAGCACCAUUAGGGACGUAGUAUCUUACAUCAACAGCACUAGAGCAUCAGCUGCGUUAGACACAGACUGGGCAGCUUUUAAGAAUUACGUAAACAAUACGUUCUCUGAUCUGAGGAAUCAGAUAUCCGGGCUUCAUCCUCCUAAGCCUGAUCCUGUGCCAAAAGAGGGAUCCUCAAUAUAUCCAGACACCUUUAUUCUACGCUCAGCAGGUGCAGUGGACGUGUACCAGGACUGGGUGAGUUUCAAAAGUGACUUGGUGAAGUCUUUGAACGAUUCUAUAGGAUCCAUGAGCAGUGGUCCAGCGGCAGCAGCCAACUGGGCUGCUUUUAAACAGGACAUUGUUAAUCAGUUAGCUGACGUAAAGGCUCAGGUAGCUUCAAUGAAGGCUGAUAUAAAGGCCCAGGUAGCUUCGAUGAAAGCUGAUCUUGCUCCCAAGUUGCUGAAGAUGUCCGAAGAAGAUAUUGAAUCUUUGAUGAAGAAUAAUAGCCUAAAGGACUCUAUGAUACCUGCGAUCUUCGAUUGGAAGAACUUCAAAGAUGGCAUCACGUCCUCUUUGGACGACACGAUUGCGGAUAUUGGAAAGAACAUGCCUGGCCCUGGUGAUCCAGCUUGGGCGACGUACGGUGACGACAUUAAAGACAAAUUCUCCGCUAUCCGCGAUAAAAUAGAUAGUCAGAAACCUGCGAAACAAUUGGGUGCUGGGACAUCGGACUCAGGUGACGAUUGGUUGAGCUACAAGGCUGACAUUGUUAAGACUAUCAACGAUGCCGUGAAGGAAAUAAAGGACAAGAUGCCUCCUCCCGGCGAUCCUGCUUGGGCGACUUACAGAGACGAAAUUAUAAAGAGUUUCUCUGUUUUCAGAACUACCCAGUCCCCACAGGAACUUGCCACGCUACCUUCCGUUGAUAACUCCGUCAACGAAGCUAAACUGACAAAAAUCGAGGUGUCCGAUUUAACUAAAGACUGGCAAAGCUUUCACAGCCAAAUCAACGACUCCUUGACAAGAAUAAUCCAAGAUAUUCAGAGUAAAAAGCCAACUACCGUUGAUCCUGUCGGUUGGACUGCCUUCAGGGAUUCAAUUACGAACGAUUUCGCCAAGCUCAAAGACGAGAUCUCGAACAUGAAGGCAGAAUGGACCGCGGAGGUCGAUAAACCGAAGCCUGACAAGGAUUCGCCGAGCCUCCAAGCUGCAGCUAAGAACGGAGACAGCUCGAAGUUCGAUUACACCAAGUUUACGAAGCCUGUCAUCCCCGCGGAUGAAUGGAUUAGCUUCAAGAAGCAGAUAAACGACACUCUGAUGAAUUUAUUGCGCGACGCUAAUGACACCGGUCGGAUAGACCUCGAAGAGGUCCGCGGAAUUUUCGACGAGUCUUUCGCUGAUUUGAGGAACGAGAUCUCGUCGCUGAGGGAUCUGAUCGGGCGAAGUGGAUGGAAGAAGGCGGACGAUUGGAUAAGUUUCCAGAAGCAAUUGAAUUCGACGAUCGAGGUCCUGGUGGACACCGUUCAGGACGGGAGCAAAGUGUCCGCUGGGGACAUGUUGAAGAUUCUGAUCGACACCAAGGAUAAGUUCGCUGAUUUGGAACCGCCAACAGGUGUACCGGCGGAAGAUUGGUCCCAAUAUUCGUCCAGUGUUAGCAAGACUCUGUCGGACGCGCUGAAAGUGAUAAACUCGAAGAGUUCCGCGUCGAUGUUGAAGUCGGAGACACCGGACGCUUCGUCGUCUGACAAUCCUAAGUCUCUACCAGAAUGGCUGCUUGUCCCUUGCAUCGCGAGCAUUGCGCACUGGCUGUCUUCGUCGACGAUCGGGAUAUUAGUCUGUUGAGGAAGAUACAGUUUGUUUCCUUUAUUUUUUACCAUACAACUGUUGUAUAUAUCUUCUAUUUAUAGACACUUUUACAUGCUGACCAGCUGUUCGCGGUGUUCCUAAAUCGAUCGAAGAGAAUUCAGUCGCGGAUAUAAAUAUGAAACUUAAAACACGAAUUCUGUUGGUAUCUUAAUUAACUUUAACUACUGGAGAAGAAUGUCACAGUAGCGUGCAAGUUUUUCGAGGUACAUUUCAUUUUUCAGACGUCAGAUGAAUGAAAGAAUUGUCAUUGGUUGUUGAUCAUUUAUCGUAUUGGUUUCUGUUUAUUUUCGUCCGAUGUUAGUUGGAACUCUUUUAGAUAUCGCCUCGGAAAUAGCGAGGAAUUUAUCCGUUUCGAAAGUUUGCACGCCGCUGUGUGCAUUUGUAUAUUUAAUUAACAAGUAGAACGAUAAAACACAAACGAAUCUGUUCCUCUUUCAAAGAUGUUACGCCUUAAACUAAGUCGCGAGGCUCAGCAGGAGAGCGGUGCCCCGUUUUACCCAGAACUCCGAUCCCUCGGGACCAGCGUCCAGGUCGACAGCCACGACGAAAGAUGACCGGCCCUGAUCUCCGCUCCUCUGCGGGUAAUAGUAGCAGGGACUGUUGUAAAGACCUGCGCGAAGAAAUGAGACAGUUACCCGAUCAUGGGCGUCUAAGCCGGAACAAUUAAAUUCCAAUUUCUAAUUAGUAAACAAUUUCCGGAAGGAAAUCCCAAUAUAAAUAAGAUUCCUCAAUUAUUAACCCCUUGCCUUAUAAUAACAUCUCAGACUCGCGAUGAACAUUUUCAACAGAGUUUAAUAUACAUAAAUAUUACUCGAUUCCUUUGAAUUCAAAUGACUAUUAAAAUGAAAUGAUUAUCGUCCUUAUGGUAUCAAUUAUUAUAUUACGUAGCAAAUAUAUGCAUAGAAUAUGCCUAGAAUUUUUCACCGUUUUUCACUAAAUUGUUAAUGACAAACUGUACCGAUUACACUUAAGAAAUAUAUCAUACGGCGAGGGGUUAAUUUCUCUAUGUUGAAACUGAAUUAAUUAUUUUCGAACUCCACCUCACUUCACAUAACAAAGUCUCCCACAAUUUUUACGUUAAUACCAGUGCAAUGAAAUUCGUUGCAAAGUAAAUAACUUUACUCCCAAAGAUCGCUUAAACGUCCACGGUCCAGUUGUUACCUUUCGUCCUCUUUUUAAGCUGUUCCGUGGGCCGGAAGUAAAUCACUGGCAUGUUGCAAACGAGUUGCAUGGGCGUCGGCUCCACGAGAACGUUGUUCUUCUUGUCCCAGCCAGCGCCUUCCAGAAAAAUCGAGCGUAUGUACACGCCGACCUGUAAUCCAAUGUACACAGUUAGGAACACGCUUGCGAGCGGAAGGUCCGAGGUCAUUUUUCGCGUGGGUCACGGGAAACAGUCGACGGAAGAUCAAUGCGCGGCUCGAUUCAGAGUGACACGUUAAAUUCGCGGGAAUUCUUGUCUUUGUAUCGCCUAACACGUUCCAAACGAGGUACAAGCGGAGCCGACCCGGAAAAUUUAUUUAGGGUCUUAUGCAACUCGGUACAUAUUGGCCGCCGUAAAGUGUAAGUCAACUGUAAUCUAAGUUUAGAACUGGUGUAUUCCGGGUGUAACGUAACGCGAGUUUUCGACAGGGAAAAUUAGGAUAGGCGUGUGUUUGCGGACUACGGCAGAUAGUGUUUUGUACAUUGUACCCACUUUGAAUUGAUAAAAACCGAGGAUAUUAAUGGACUAAAUUUGUGUUUUGAAUCUGUGCGGAAAGCAGUAAACGAGAUAUUUUAAUAAAUUGUACUAACUCAACGCUAACAAACAUUUCUAAAAUGUGAUGUAACGAAUAUAGUUUGCAUAAAACAGUCUAUCACCAAUACUCACUGGAAUAACGAACUUAAUAUUUUCAUUGUUACUAUUAAAAUAUU